UCAAAUAUGGCGGUAAAUUAACGGUUAAACUGUUUUUGUGUAUAUGUCUGAACACUAGUUGGAUUUAUCAUUUGCUAAUAAUAAUAAAUAAAAAAAUAAAAAUUGAUAUUUAAGGCUGAACAUCCGGGUGGGACCAAGUUCAUAAAACUACGCCAUAGUUAAGGAAGAAUAUGAGAAGACUCCUAGUUCUUCAUUGGUCUUCCCAAAACAUUUUUUUGCUCUGAUUCUCUGUGAUCGAUCUUCUUCUGGAGAGGCCGUACGUUGACGCCAUGGUCACUGAGAACCAUGAGAUACCCAGUGGAUGGCCCCUUGGGCUUGGGAUUAUGAACGUCAGACUUAGAGUGUUGGAGAGAUUACCAGCCUCUGCAGCACACCCCCACUCUUUGCACGUGGCAUCAACCAGUUUCUCCUCAUUCUCAUCCUCCAACCUUGAUACUGAGUCCACAGCAUCCUUCUUUCAAGAUCACAGCGUGUCACUAGGGCGGCUAAUCGGGAUCGGACCGGGCGAAAGAGGGGGCUUCUACUUGCAAAACGCAAUCGAAUUUGAAGACCAUAACAGUAUACCUACAAGGGAUGCAAACACUGAUGUCUCUAGACAUAGAAUGGAUAUGUCAAGGGGAAUUUGCAUUCCGCUAUUGCUUGGUGUUCUGGUAAAGAUGAGCCGGAGUAAGAGCAAGUCAAGAAAGUAAUUAAUGCUUGAUGUUAAUUAAUUCGUUUUCUGGCGUGCAAGAGGAAUAAAUUGUUCAUGAUUUGUGUUCAGAGAUGAGUUGCUCAUUGUAAAUUCACAAAUUUCAUCAUAAUUUGUGAAUUCAGAGCAUUGUUUCCAUUUUGGGUGGCAAGUUGGACUAAAUAUUAUCUGAAUUCUUGCUCUUUGCCAAAUUGUUUGAUUUAAGUGAUGACUCCAUUUGGAGCUCAAUUGCUAAAGCUAUGUGAAUAUCUCGCCUGUGUUUAUGACAA